AUGAGGGUGCCUGUCCACUCAAUCUCUGCCAUGACUGUCCUUACAUUACAGAAACAUCUCCUGGGAAGCCUCCUGGUCCUGGCCACUUUCAUGACUUCAUGCAGUGCUCGUUGUUAUUUUACACCCAGGAAAGAAACUGAUUUCAAUUCCACAAAUGCUGAAUUCCAGGCAGGCAAAAUUUCUGCAGAAGUUAUGGUCUGGGCUUCUAUGAACACCAACAAUGUAGCCUUUGUUAAGAUAGAGCACAGAUACCGGCAGUCUCAUGCAGCUGCAGUACCUGCAGAUUAUGACAAAAUUAAGUGCCAUGCCAUCUUCUACCCUCAGAACUGUACCUACACUGUGGUGGAGCAUCAGAACCCAAGCAAGACCUGUGCUGUUAGCGCCUGGAUUCUGUAA